GUCAUAUUCCCACUACAAUUUACUGGGUUGCUUGGCAAAGUUGAUGUUGUUGCUGAUGUUGAGGGAGGUGGAACAUCUGGACAGUCUGGGGCUAUACGUUAUGCUGUAUCAUUGGCCCUUCGUUCCUUUGUUGAUCAAGACAUGGUGGAGAAAAUGAGAAUAGCUGGACUUCUCACUCGUGACCCACGAAGGCGUGAGAGGAAAAAGCCAGGAUGGAAGGGGGCAAGGGCCAAGUAUACAUGGAAAAAACGAUAGGGACAUGUAAACGAAACUUUUGAAUAUACAGGUGCUCCUCUACUUACAAACGAGUUACGCUCCUGAGGCUUGUUUGCAAGUCCAACUUUAAUCCUGUAGAUAUCAAACAUAUUGUAAAAAAUUAAAAGAUUGUAAAUAUUUA